AGGAGGAGCUCCCGUUUCAAGUGGAGGCUGCUGAUUGCCGGUGCAAGAGGAGCGGCCAGUCAGGAGCUGUCACAGCUCCUCGCGGCCACACAUUGGCGCCCUGCUCCGUGCACGCGGACCCGAAGCUCCUCUCAUUGCAAGGUAGACAGACACUUGCAAUACAACUGAAUAAUUGCUUUGCAAUUGGGGCUUUUUAAUCACUCCGGAGGACAAAAACCUUUGUUUGCGAUUUUCUGGGAGGGGACGCUUUUUACCCCCCCCCAAGUGUUCUUGUGGCUGCCAUUUGUAUCCAUUGGCGUAAGACAUCGGAGAGGAAGAUAUGAAAUUAGCCGUUUGCUGCAAUUGGAUCCUUUGCUGUCUUUCAGUGUGCACGGUGUCAGCUGGCACCGAGUCUGUUCCGGAAUCAUCACUCAAGCCGGGAAUGAGCAAUGAGAGAUGGAACGAGGCGAAACAGAGUCAAUACAAAUGUCUCAAUACGGCCAAUGGAGAUCGGCUGCAAAACAGAAGCGCGGGUAACUUCUGUGGAAAAAUGUGGGAUGGCUUUUUGUGCUGGGAAGAAACACCACCGGGUACAUCCAUAACACAGAGAUGUCCCAAUCACAAUCCCGCUGGAAACGUGACUAAAUUUUGUGACCAAUGGGGUAAGUGGGUCCAUACAGAGUCCACAUGCCAAGAAGCUACAAAGGACAUAAUCGAGGAUAUUUACAAUGUUUCCAAGGAUGUUAUCGAUGAACCAAUGACAGAACAUAUCAGAAACAUAGGGAAGAAAAUACUUGACAACAAAGAGAAAUGCCUGGUGAAAAUGAAACAAAAUCCACCUCAUAAUAAAACGGGGUUGUUCUGCAGUCAUAUUUGGGAUGGUAGGCUUUGUUGGGAUGACACCCCAGCGCAAACCUAUGCCACGCAGAACUGUCCUGAUUAUUUUCCCAACUUUGAACCCUCAGGAAAGGCAAGUAAAUACUGUGGGGAGGGCGGAGAGUGGUUCCGUCAUCCAGAGGGCGACCGAUUUUCGACCAACUACUCCCUCUGCACCAACAACUAUGAGAAGACAUCAAGGAAGCAGAAGUUGCUUCAGAGUGAAUACAAAUGCCUUCUGAAAAUGAGCCAAGACCUUUCCUUUAAUGAACCAGGGCUCUACUGCAGUCGGAACUGGGACGGCUGGCUGUGCUGGGACGAUACUGCAGCAGGAACCUACGCCACUCAGAACUGUCCUGAAUACUUUUCGUAUGCACAGCCCACAGAAAAGGCGACCAAGUACUGUGGAGAAGACGGACAAUGGUAUCGCCACCCAGAAACCAACACCACAUGGACCAACUUCACACUCUGUGCCAUCAACAUUCAGGAAAAGCUAGAGGGGGCGAGUGCACAACUCUCAGGGGAUACGGUGCAAAACUUUGCCGACGAGAGCACAGCGGGGCCCCUGGUGAACCCCGAGGAGCAGGAUCUUGGGAGGAAUAAAAUCCUUGACAGCCAGUAUAAAUGCUUUGAAAAAAUGAAGAGCGAUCCUCCUUAUAACAAAUCAAGAGUGUACUGCAGUCGGAACUGGGAUGGCUGGUUGUGCUGGGGAGAUACUCCGGCCGGAACCUACACCUCUCAAAACUGCCCCAAUUAUUUUGUUGACUUUGACCCUACAGAAAAGGCAACCAAGUACUGUGGGGAGGAUGGGCAGUGGUUUCGCCACCCUGACACCAACAGGACCUGGUCUAACUAUACACUCUGCAAUGAAAACACUAAAGCAAAGUUGAAGUCGGCGUACAUCCUGUUUUACAUGGCGAUUGUCGGUCACGCCUUAUCUAUAGUCUCCCUGCUCAUCUCUUUGACCAUCUUCUUCUACUUCAGGAGUCUGAGCUGCCAAAGGAUCACACUGCACAAGAACCUUUUCUGCUCCUACGUGCUCAAUUCCGCCCUAACCAUCAUCUACCUGGUCGCUGUGGUCAACAAUCCUGAAGUGGUGGACAGAAACCCUGUAGGCUGCAAACUGUUGCACUUCUUCCACAUGUACAUGCUGGGAUGCAAUUAUUUCUGGAUGCUCUGUGAAGGAAUCUACCUACACACGCUCAUCGUGGUGGCUGUGUUUGCAGAGGAGCAGCAUUUGCACUGGUACUACCUCCUGGGCUGGGGUUUUCCUCUUGUGCCCGCAUCAAUCCAUGCUGUGGCAAGAAAAACAUUUUUUGAUGACAACUGUUGGAUGAGUGUGGAAACCCAUCUGCUGUAUGCAGUUCAUGGUCCUAUAGUGGCAGCUCUACUUGUGAAUCUCUUCUUCUUGCUCAACAUCAUCCGAGUUCUGGUCACCAAGCUAAGAGACACACAUCGUGCAGAGUCCAACAUGUACAUGAAGGCUGUGAGAGCCACUCUGAUCCUUGUGCCCCUUCUGGGGAUACAAUUUGUCAUUUUUCCCUGGAGGCCUGAGAACAGGCUGGCAGGGGAGGUCUACGAGUACAUCAUGCACAUACUCAUGCACUACCAGGGUUUAUUGGUGGCAACCAUAUUCUGCUUCUUCAAUGGAGAGGUGCAGGCCGCUCUGAAGAGACAGUGGAUGCAGUACAAAACCGAGUGGGGUCAGAGACGGAAGGACCACUGUUCAAUGCGCUCCACGUCGUACACGGCCACCUCUAUCACAGAGGUCCCUCCCUUUAUGUACCACCAAGACGGCAACAGCGAACACUUGAACGGGCGCCACACGGACGACUCUGAACUGGUGGCGCUGAAAGUGGCCGAGAUCCCCUAAGCGCCAUAGAGGAGAAAAACAACACGGAAACAGUGUUCUGUUUGACAAAAAAAAAAAAUGCUACGUGGACAGUACUAAAUCUCA